CAAACGCGUCUAGUGCCCGUUGCUUGUGCAGUCACGAGCUACGUCCGGGAAUACGGACCGUAAGAUCUGGCACCUACAUUACUGAAGACCACGCACUGAAUACAUUCAAUUCGUGAACCAUUUUCCCAGCACCCAGCUGCUGUCGUUAAAGAACGUUACUUGAUUGCACGAUCACAGUCCUGUGGGUGAUGUACUCCAACAUUUGACAUUGCUAGCUAGCUAGCUAGCUAGCUGUUUAGCUAGCUUGCCUUGCGUGACUCAUGUUCAGUGAUCUAGACUGAUAGGUUGUUAUUUUGACAUUUUUUCCAGCUUUGUGGAAUUACAUGCAGUAGUGGACAGAUCUAAUAGUAGUGUCAUUUCGUUCGUUUUCACCUAUAACUGUGUCCCAUUCAGAUGUGUCUGCGUGACGUUUUGUCGGCGAAACGCAAAUAGACAGGUUUGAAUGAAUUAGCCAACGGAAACAGCAGUUAGCUACCAUUGGAGCUAACGUUAUAAUAAACCAAUAGUUAGCUAGCCACCUCAGCAGGCAGCGCUGCGGGCUCGGAAUAUACUCAGCUAAUCUAGCUCACUGGUAUUCACCUUUACGAGUUAGUUAGCCAGCGUUUAUUAGCUAGCUAAAGUGUUAGCGAACAUUGGACCUACUAUAUCAGAAUUCAUAUAGUGUAGAUUACAAGCUAUCAUCAGCUGUAAGUCAGUGGGCUAAACACGGAGGACUACUACAUCCCUGUUAUAUACCUUUUCUGUGAACCUGAAACGGAACUGAACCGAAAAUGCCGGCUGUGUCGAAGGGAGAUGGAAUGCGAGGAUUAGCGGUGUUCAUUUCGGACAUCAGGAAUUGUAAGAGCAAAGAGGCGGAGAUCAAGCGCAUCAACAAGGAGCUGGCCAACAUCCGCUCCAAGUUCAAGGGCGACAAGGCGCUGGACGGCUACAGCAAGAAGAAGUAUGUCUGCAAGCUGCUCUUCAUCUUCCUCCUCGGCCAUGACAUCGACUUUGGGCACAUGGAGGCCGUCAACCUGCUCAGCUCCAACAAGUACACCGAGAAACAGAUCGGCUACCUGUUCAUAUCGGUGCUGGUGAACAGCAACAGCGAGCUGAUCCGGCUGAUCAAUAAUGCCAUAAAGAACGACCUGUCGAGCCGCAACCCCACCUUCAUGUGUCUGGCCCUGCACUGCAUCGCCAACGUGGGCAGCAGGGAGAUGGCCGAGGCCUUCGCUGGAGAGAUCCCUCGCAUCCUGGUGGCAGGGGACACCAUGGACAGUGUGAAGCAGUCUGCCGCUCUGUGUCUGCUGCGCCUGUAUAAGACGUGCCCUGACCUGGUACUGAUGGGGGAGUGGACCUCCAGGGUGGUGCACCUGCUCAACGACCAGCACAUGGGUGUGGUAACUGCAGCCAUCUCCCUCAUCACCUGUCUCAGUCAGAAGAAUCCAGAUGAGUUUAAGACCUGUGUAUCACUGGCUGUAUCACGUCUCAGCAGGAUCGUGUCGUCGGCCUCCACUGACCUGCAGGACUACACCUACUACUUUGUGCCGGCGCCGUGGCUCUCCUGCAAGCUGCUGCGCCUGCUGCAGUGCUACCCUCCGCCAGAGGAUGGCGCCGUCAAGGGCCGGCUGGUGGAGUGCCUGGAGACGAUUCUCAACAAGGCCCAGGAGCCGCCCAAGUCCAAGAAGGUUCAGCACUCCAACGCCAAGAACGCCAUUCUCUUCGAGGCCAUCGCUCUCAUCAUCCACUACGACAGUGAGCCCAACCUGCUGGUGCGGGCCUGUAACCAGCUGGGCCAGUUCCUGCAGCACAGGGAGACCAACCUGCGCUACCUGGCCCUGGAGAGCAUGUGCACGCUGGCCAGCUCCGAGUUCUCCCACGAGGCCGUCAAAACGCACAUCGAGACUGUCAUCAAUGCACUCAAGACUGAGAGGGAUGUGAGCGUGCGUCAGAGGGCCGCUGACCUGCUCUACGCCAUGUGCGACCGUAGCAACGCCAAACAGAUCGUCGCCGAGAUGCUGAGUUACCUGGAGACGGCCGACUACUCCAUCCGGGAGGAAAUGGUCCUGAAGGUGGCCAUCCUGGCGGAGAAGUAUGCGGUGGACUACUCCUGGUACGUGGACACCAUCCUCAACCUGAUCCGCAUCGCCGGAGACUACGUCAGCGAGGAGGUCUGGUACCGCGUCAUCCAGAUCGUCAUCAACCGGGACGACGUGCAGGGCUACGCUGCCAAGACCGUCUUCGAGGCUCUGCAGGCCCCGGCCUGCCAUGAGAACAUGGUGAAGGUUGGAGGCUACAUCCUGGGGGAGUUUGGAAACCUCAUCGCUGGUGACCCUCGCUCCAGUCCCCUGGUGCAGUUCAACCUGCUGCACUCCAAGUUCCACCUGUGCUCCGUGCCCACGCGGGCGCUGCUGCUGUCGGCCUACAUCAAGUUCAUCAACCUGUUCCCCGAGACCAAGAGCACCAUCCAGGAGGUGCUGCGCUGCGACAGCCAGAUCCGCAACAGCGACGUGGAGCUGCAGCAGAGGGCUGUGGAGUACCUCAAGCUCUCCUCCAUCGCCAGCACUGACGUCCUGGCCACCGUUCUGGAGGAGAUGCCCCCGUUCCCCGAGAGGGAGUCGUCCAUCCUGGCCAAGCUGAAGAAGAAGAAGGGGCCGGGCGCCGUGUCCAACGAGUUGGAGGACGGCAAGAGAGAGGGAGGAGAGCUCAACGGAGGAGGAGAGAGGGCAGCCGACACGACCGCCAUGGCCGCCUCCAACGCUUCCACGCCCUCCCCCUCGGCUGACCUGCUGGGCCUGCGUCCCGGCCCGGCCGCCCCGGUCAGCUCCGGACCUCCCUGCGCCGGCAGCCUUCUGGUGGACGUCUUCUCAGAGGGGCCCAGCCCCGGGCCCAACGUGGGCGCCAAUGAUGAUGGCUUCCUGAGCUCUGCUCCCCCUCCCCCUACUGCUGCUGUCUCUGAGGACCCUGCCCCCCCUCUGCCUGAAGCAGAAGAGCUGCUCAACAAGUUUGUGUGUAAGAAUAACGGCGUCCUGUUUGAGAACCAGCUGCUGCAGAUCGGAAUCAAGUCUGAGUAUCGCCAGAACCUUGGGAGGAUGUAUCUGUUCUAUGGCAAUAAGACUUCGGUGCAGUUUGUCAGCUUCGUCACCACAGUUACCUGUCCGGGAGAACUGGGGUCUCAGAUUAACGUGCAGGUGAAGCCAACGGAGACUCUAGUGGAGGGAGGAGCACAAGUGCAGCAGGUGGUCAACAUCGAGUGUCUCACCGACUUCAUCGACGCACCGCUCCUCAACAUCAAGUUCAGGUAUGGCGGCGCACUGCAGAAUCUGACCCUCAAGCUUCCGGUCACCAUCAACAAGUUCUUCCAGCCCACUGAGAUGGGAUCGCAGGAGUUCUUUCAGCGCUGGAAACAGCUCAGCCAACCAGCACAGGAGGCACAGAAGAUCUUCAAGGCGGUCCAUGGCAUUGACUCAGAAGUGGUUAAAGCAAAGCUGCUGGGCCUUGGGACAGCCCUGCUGGAGAACGUGGACCCCAACCCAGAGAACUAUGUGUGUGCUGGCGUCAUCCAGACCAAGGCCCAGCAGGUGGGCUGCCUACUCAGACUGGAGCCCAACGCCCAAGCUCAGAUGUACCGGCUGACCCUGCGCAGCAGUAAGGACACCGUCUCCAAGCGUCUCUGCGACCUGCUGGCAGAACAGUUCUAAGAGCUCUCCCCCUGGAAUCCAUGCCUAGACCAUCACCUUCCUAGAGCCCACGCAGACCAGACCAGCGCUCUAACUUUCCGGAAAAAAACAACACAAAACAAAAAUCCUGAACAAAAAAAACAAACAAAAAGAAAGAAAAAAAUCUUCAGAAGCAUUCGUACAUAAGGGAAAAAAGUAGUCGUCGCUUUGCGACGGCCAUAUAACUGUCCUAAUUACAAUUAUUAUGAUUAUUAUUAUUAUUACUGUUAUCAUCAGCGCUACAGUUCUUGUUUUUAUUGGUGUUUACCUGUGUGUAUAUGUGUGUGUGCAUAUGUGUGUAAGAGUGUGUGCGUGUUCAAUUGCACGAGUGUGUGGCAGUGAGUGAAUGAGUGUGUGAGGGAGCGAGUGUGUGUGCGAGUUUGUGCGUGCGUGUGGUACAGAAUUGUGGUGGUCGUUGUGUUCUCCGUCCGAGCCUGGUGACUGAGGUGUGCUCUGUGCUUGUGUUGGCAGCUGGUGUGCGUUGUUGUUGCUUUGGGGAAGGUGUGAGUGUCGAGCAUCAGCUAACAGUUCGGCGCACGCGUUUAACAUUUCAAAAAAAAAAAAUUGCGUAGCAUUCCAGUGAAGUGCACACAUUUAACUCAACACAUGCACCCACACACGUCUUUUUCACAUUCCUUUAUAAGCCAUGGAUAGGAAGGAGGACGCACCAAAAAAAAUCAAUUUCUUCCCCCUCCAUCCCUUCUCUCCCCUUACUCUCGCUGACAUGCACAAAAAACUAAACUCUGAGGAGUUGUACCAUUGAGGUAGAAACACACUAAGGUUGGUCCAAUUGCCUCCAGGUGGGCUGGAGAAGCUGCCUGCCUCCCUUGACUGCCCAAUCACCCCCGCUACAUCUCUCUCCCCUUCACACAUACUUCAACUGUUGUGCUCUCAUCUCGGAGACACACACACACACACACACACCCCUGAUACAUCUACACACACACACUCACACAGUCAUUUUUGUUAUCUGGGCGAUCACUCAAUAAUCCAUCACGAAAACAACAGAAUAUUCCACACUGACAUUCCCGUACUCACAGGCGUGGAAGAGCAGGCUUAGUGCACUUUAACAAGGCUCAGGCAAGGGGAGUGAUCACGCACCCUUCGUUGGACACCCCCCUUCUCUCCUUUCAUUGGCUCAUCGCUUUUCAUGUCCCCGUUAUGACUUCAGAGAUGAGGGGUGGCUUGUGAUUGGUUGGGGACAUUAUUGAUUUGUUCUGUUUUCUGUUUCGAUUUGUUUCAUUUUGUUCUUUUUUUGUAAUUACCUUGUCAUUGUCAUCUCAAUCGCAAAUGCUGAUGUUUGUAGUGUUGCUGUUCAACUUUUACAUUUUGUUGGCCCAUUUCAUUGCUUUUGGAAACAUUUCAUUUAUUUCCUGAUGUGAUGUGGAGGAUCACAUGUUUAAGGGUUUUUGGGGUUUAUGCCCUGUCGCAGCUCACCACGUUUCCCCCCUCGUUGUCUACUUAGAGGAGAGGUGUGUGAGGGCAGGGCAGGGUGACAGGAAGAGAGUGAUGUGGUUGUCCUACAUCUGUCUGUCUCUCAGUCGGCCUGUCUGUCUGCACAUGAAGAGUGCAGCAGAUGGUUAUUUUGUACAUACUGACACAUACACAAAGCACUACAGAGAUCUGCAGUAAAAAAAAAAAAAAAAAGAAUUAGACUCUGAUCUCAGUCUCUCAAGUACACACACACACCUCUCCACACACACACACACACCUCUCCACACACACACACACACACACACACACACACACACACACACACACACACACACACACACACACAUUCCAACAUAUUUUGACACAUGGGACUAAAGCCAGAAUUAUGUAUUGAGUUGUGGUGAGGUUGUGACAGAAGAGUCCCCGUUUGAGCACUUAUCAUGUAGACAUGUUCAUAAAACAAAGUAUUCCGAUCUGCACACACACUAGUAUGGAAAAGUUAAGACAGUAGUCAACACACACAAACAUGUAUCUUAGAUGGCAGAACAAAAACUAUAUAAACAAAACUUAAGAACGAUUAGGACCAAACCAGCUGCCAACAGUCAACCACAACGCCAGGGAUCAUCUUGCUUUGGUUCAGCAUUAGUGUGUGUAUGUGUGGGAACGAGUGGGACUGUACCAUAUUAUAAGAAAAAAAAAUCUAAUGAAGUUUAUGGGACACUGUCAUAUAUGUUGAAGAAUGAGGAGUCACUAUGCUUCCCGCCUUGAUGCAAAAAAGAAAAAAAUACUUUUGCAAUCCGGGUGGGACUUUGUCAUUGUAGUUGAAUUUGAAUCAUUGUCAUAUUUGUGUGUGCGCGUGAGCGUGUCUGUGCAGUAUCCGCUAGCUAAUACAGCCCCAGUGUAUCGGUGUUAAACCUGUCAGAUACCUGUGUUAGAUUCCAAUUUACUCUGUACUGAAAAUGUGAAAGUAAAACUAUGCCAUAUAUUCA